UGUUUCCGGUCCCCGUGGUUUUAUCUCUUAUCAACACUGUGCCCUCACACACGUGUUAAUUGUUAUAAUCGUCGAAUUUGAGUGUUUUCGUAGUUUUUCUCCCGGAACACUUAGUCGUCCUCAUCACCAUUGCAUAUCUAUACUAAGUGAGGAAUUCAGAAAUUAAUCAAGUGCUGAAAACCAUUAUUUUGGGCAGGCUAAGAUAAGUUGACGCAUACCCUCCUAUACAAAAACAGUCAUGACUUCUUCUUUCAGGCCUGUUGACUCCAAGCGGGAGGAGUUCCGCAAGUAUGUUGAACGCAAUGGAAUCAUGGGAGCUCUAACCAGAGCCCUAACAAUGCUUUAUGAAGAACAAGACAAACCAGAAUGUGGUUUAGAAUAUAUUCGCAAUAUUUUGAAUGAGGUGCCUCAUGCAGAUGAGUUGCAGCCUUUACGGAAUGAAGUAGAUCACCUGAAGCACAAACUUAUUUUGAUUGAGUCGCAAAGAGACAGGCUUCUUGAUCGGCUGUUGAAGUAUGAGCCUGAUGCUGCCAGUAUCAUUCAUAAUAGUUCGAAAAGCAAAAGUGAAAAGUAAUGAAAGAACUCAACUCAGCAAUUCUUAAUUCUGUACAUUCCAAUCUCAUGCAAGCUAAUUUCCUAUUUUUUCAGAAUUUUCUUUUUUUAAGUGGUGAAAUGACUCAUCAAAGUAAUAACAUUUUUCUACUUCAGAUUUGUCUGUUUCACCCCGUGGAAAAUAAUUUCCCUCUACAUGUUCAAAGAAAAAGUUCCUUUUAUUUUUAAUUGUGUCUCUGAAGAGUUCCUUUAUGUUUUAAGUUGAUAAAGAAUUAAUUUACUUUUUUAUGUCUUCAUAGAGUUACUUUUCUUUAUGAUUUUAAAGCGUUUCUUUCUUUGAAUCAACUAAUUAUUUUAGUUUCCCAAUCAUAGAUUUAUUUUUUUCUUUAUUGUUUCCGUUAUGAUGAUUUUCAUAAUGUUACUAUUUUUCUUUUCUCCACUUGUAAUAACUUUUAUCAUGCACAUGCAAACAAGUUCAAACUGACUUGCCUCUUAAAUAAGAAUUUGAAACAUUGUUCUUAAAUUGUAAGAAAAAUUGCAAGCAAAAUUAUUAGAAAGAUUCCUAUAAAACGGCAGGAGGAAAAGUCUUCUACAAUGGAUUAAAAUUUCUAAAGAAAUUAUGUCUAGCUCUUUCGUUAAUGUCUUAGUGCAUUUUGUUUGUACCCUGUUUUUUAUUCAAUUUCUUGUAGGUAUCAAAUCUUAUUUCUAAUCAUCUCCUCUAGAAGCAGGGUAAAUAUUGUUAGGUAUAGUUUUUGUCUUUGUACUAGGGUUCUUCAAAGUAUAGUGACUUACUUUUUGCAGCCCUAUAAUCUGCUCUUAACUUUAGAUAUUUUAAAUUGUUAUCUCUCUUCAAACCUGUAAUUUUAAAGUCUGAGAAACACCAAUAAAAAAGAUGUCUAUAAAAAAUUACUUGGUAAUGAUGUAAAAUAAAGAUAAUUAUUCUGAGCAGAAAAUAACUCUGUUAGAAAAUAAUAUUUUGGUAUGCACUUUUUAUCUAAAUACCUACUUGUGUUCCAUCAGAUGUGCCUUUAUUAUUUUGAAUAAAAUUUUGAUCUAUUAA